AUGUUAACUCACCGGGUCGUGACAUUUGCUUUGCUACUCUGGGCGAAGAACAUCUGUGCCACAGGCCACCCAAAUGAGGUGGCAUCACAACGUUCUAUAUCCGCUAGCAAUGCAACAGCCUUCGCUGUCACCUAUGGCUAUCCAUUGACCCAAUAUGCUGCCACCUUUGAUUCGCUCUUGGCUUCGAAUGGUAGCAACACACUUUACCACGACAGAACCACUGCCAGUGCUAGUUCUGCGGCCAUUGUGAGGCCGAAUGUGGAUACACUCUAUUCAAAGGCCGCGAUAGAUUUAUCACACUAUGAUGUGGCAUUGACAAUACCAUCGGUGGACGAUAAUCGUUUUUAUGUAUUCCCAUUCUAUGAUCUGUGGUCAAACAACUUUGCAAAUCUAGGAGCCCUGAAUUCGACUUUACCGGGAAAAUACCUAUUGAAGUUUGUCGGGGCAUCCGAGAGAGUGGGCUUUGAAUCGCCACCGUCAAACAGCGAGUAUUUAGGAAUCAUCAACUUCCCGACUGUAUAUGGAUUGAUAUUUCCACGUGUACUAUUGCGAAACAAUUCCUCGACCGAGCUUGAUGCAGUCCACACAAUUCAGGAUCAGAUGGAACUUGAAGAAAUCCCUCGUCGAACUGGACGAAUUGCCCCGAAACUCUCGGCAGAGCUAUUUGGGAACGGUUCAAUUUCACCACUCGCAGCAAAGUCUUCGGCAGCCUUUGAUCUUAACGAGAUCACAAAUCUUCUUAAAGUUGUCGCACGUUUCACUCCUCAUAAUCCACCAGCUGAAAAACGAGAGGCGCAAGUUGUACAGCAAAAACUUGAGAAAGCAGGCUUGGAUAACGGUCAUUACACACCUCCACACGGCUUAAAUUUCACCAUAAUUCAAAAAGAAAUGUACGCAGAAAUACUGUCCAUCACGAACUUCUUACAGAAUUUCAACAACGAUUGGAUUGAUUUCCUCCCGCGGUACAGCGGAAAUUUCUUGAACCAAUACGGAGUCCGAAGUUACAUUGCCUAUACUGGAUAUUUGCAGCUGGUUCAGUAUGAAUCACUUUACCCAGAAUACGAGCCUGGAUUUGUGCUAUCCAAAAAUCAGUCAUAUGUAUUGACUUUUCCUUCUGGAAAGCCCCCCGUAAUAAACGCUGGGUUCUGGAGUUUGACUGUCUAUAACACCUCGAGUUACCUGGUUCAAAACCCUCUCAACAGGUACUCAUUGGGUGAUAGGAGCAAUCUCACCUACCCUGAUGGCGAUUUGAUAUAUGGAGAAGACAUUUCUGAUCGCAAUGAUGCCUUUUCUAUUCUCCUCCAGUCAGCUGAUGUCCCUCCGCCGGCGAAUUGGACUAGUAACUGGCUACCUACACCCGCAGGAGGUGGCAAUUUUACCGUAAAUUUGCGUUUUUAUGGUCCAACUCAAGAUCUAACGGCUGGUGGAUCAUAUAUAUACCCGGUAGUCGCAAAGCAAAGUUCUGUUUGA